AUGGAAUCUGAAAAGAAGGCCAAAGAACAAACACAUGGGAGCUUCGAUCCGAGAAUUAGGGAAACGGAACCUUUAUUCCAAAUGGUAGAAGCGGAUUGGUCGCAGCUCCGUAAAGUCUCAAAUACCAAGGACAAAGACGUCAAGCCUGUUACUUUUGUUGGGCAUGGUUUCCCGAAGGUGAAAGAUUCUGAAGCCGGUAAAGCUGAAGUGGAAGCUAGCUAUAGAGAAGCAUCUGAUUCGGAAUGGGAUGCUUAUCAAGCUUUGAAACAGAAAUCUGAGCCAUCUCCCGAAAAACGCAACAAUCCCUCCAAGAGCGACCUGUACAGCAGACGCCCGAAACGGGCUCAGGUUUGA